CGGAAAUAAAAUGACACGGCACUGCAACACGCCAAAUACAACAACGGUACAAUCAUCGGAUAGUUUCAGUUUGAACUGGCAACGUCUGCGAGCUUGUUCAUUGAUCGAUUUUGUGACUUUGGUUUUUGCACACGUAGUUUUUACACUCGAUCUCGUGCCAUGCUGUCGUCGUACAGAGCAAUUAUAUUAUUAGUACUUGUAGUUGUCACGACCCACACUCAUACACCCACCGAAAACGAGCCCACUUGUAAUUGCGAUCAUUGCAACGACGAGGUAGUGACUGUCGAGGCAAAGGAGGGAAAUGAAAAUACGACAGUGAAAUUGUUGUACAAAGAAGACAGCGACGGCGAUGGCGAUCGUACUAUUUGCGCUCGAGAUCGCGAUUUCAAUGAUCGUACCUUCUCGAGCGUUUGUCAUAUGUUGUGUUACAAUCGCUGUCUGAUAUUGCGACUUUCUACUGUCACUGAGAAUGACACAAAGAAAUAUGUCGCGAUUGCGUAUAGAAACAAUUACUACAAACUGCGGGACGGCGAAUGUUGAAGGAUGUUCGUGGUCUUUGCGAAUUUCGUGAAAUUAUGUUGUAACAUCGUAACGUUGGGUGAAAGAGAGUGGACCACGAGGUUAGUAAAUUCUUCGCAAUUUAGUUGGCAUUGACAUGCAAAUAAUUUUAUACUUGAAAUUACAAUAUUUUGUACGAAUGACGAGAUAUAUUUUGAACGUUAAUAUUUUUACAAACUGAAAAUAAAUGUGCAACAAAACGUAUACUGAUUAUAAAUGAUUACGAAUGAUUAUUGGAAAUUUCAUAUCUUAAUCAAUGUAAACUGGGACAUCAAUAUUCAAUGUUUAUUGUGCAAUAAGUAGCAGACAAGUAAC